AUGCUCGCGAAACUGCACUAUACGGGCAUGGUGAAGGUCCUUACAUGGAACAGCAAGUCGUCGUCUUGGGAUGUUUUCAUGGAGUACCCCAGUCAUGGCUGUGAUAGCUAUGCUUCGUGCGGCCCAUUCGGCUACUGUGAUGGCACAGAGGCGAUUCCAACAUGCAAGUGCCUUGAUGGUUUUGAGUCUGCUGGCCUUAACUAUUCCCUAGGAUGUCGGAGAAAGAAAGAGUUGAAAUGUGAUGGUACAGAUAGUUUCAUAACUUUGUCUGGCAUGAAAACGCCUGACAAGUUCCUGUACAUCAGGAAUAGAAGCUUCGACCAAUGCGCAGAAGAAUGCAGAAGCAACUGCUCAUGCAACGCUUACGCGUACGCCAACCUAAGCAGUCUUGGCAGUCUCGAUACGGUUGGAGACAGUUCGAGGUGCUUGGUUUGGAUGGGGGAGCUUGUUGACACAGGGAAGCCUGCUAGUGGUGCUAGUGAAAAUCUUUACCUCCGUAUUUCCAGCUCAUCCACUAAUGAAAAAAAGAUCGUUAUACUGAAGAUUGUACUCCCGGCGGUGGCUUGUCUGUUGGUACUCACGUGCAUAUACCUUGGAUGCAAGUCACGAGGUAAGCGCCGAAGGAAAGGUCAGAACACACAUAUGCUAAAGCACUUGAAUGCUUACAAACUUGGGAACGAAGAUACAGAACUUCCAUCUGUUGGUUUUGACGAAAUUCUCACUGCAACAAACAACUUUUCUGAUUACAACAUGCUUGGAAAAGGUGGUUUCGGAAAAGUGUACAAGGGAAUAUUGGAAGAUGGCAUGGAAGUUGCUGUCAAAAGGCUUAAUAUGGGUUCUGGGCAAGGGAUUGAGGAGUUUAAGAAUGAAGUAGUUCUGAUUGCCAAAUUGCAGCACCGAAACUUAGCUAGGCUUCUUGGUUACUGCAUUCAUGAAGAUGAGAAGUUACUCAUCUACGAAUACUUACCUAACAGGAGUUUGGAUGCCUUCCUUUUUGAUGCUACAAAAAAAUUUAUGCUUGAUUGGCUGAGCCGGUUCAUGAUCAUUAAAGAGAUAGCGAGAGGGCUUCUUUAUCUCCACCAAGAUUCAAGAUUAACAGUAAUUCAUCGAGAUCUCAAAGCAAGCAACAUCUUGCUGGACGCACAAAUGAGCCCUAAAAUAUCUGAUUUCGGUAUGGCAAGGAUCUUUGGAGGAAACGAGCAACAAGCAAACACUAACCGGGUUGUUGGGACAUAUGGUUACAUGUCUCCUGAAUAUGCGAUGGAAGGCUACUUUUCUGUCAAGUCUGACACCUGCAGCUUUGGGGUUCUGCUGUUGGAGAUUGUAAGUGGAUUAAGGAUUAGCUCACCCCAUCUCACAAUGGACUUUCCAAACCUUAUAGCAUACGCAUGGAGCUUAUGGGUUGAUGGAAAUACAAGGGAAUUGGUGGACCGGUUGGUUGUGGAGAGUUGUCCACUUGAUGAGGUUCUACGAUGUGUUCACAUAGGGCUCCUGUGUGUUCAAGACCACCCAAAUGCUAGGCCACCCAUGUCAUCCAUUGUGUUCAUGUUAGAGAACGAAACAGCUCUGCUUCCUGCCCCCAAGAAACCUACAUAUUUCUCACUGCGGAAUCAUGAAGCUGAAGACUGGAGAAAAUAUAUGGGAAGAUCUGAGAAUAACAUGAGCAUCACAACACUGGAGGGACGUUAA